CAAAAUAAUACCACGUAUCUCCAUUUUUGUGUCUCUGUGUCCUGUCUACCGGUACCUACCAAUCUAGUUAUUCCUAUUUUGCUCAAGAAAGUAAAUGCCCAGCCCAAUGCAUGCUGAGAGGCCUCGCGCCUGCACCAACUGUUCUCGGGCGAAGGCCAAGUGCGUCUGGCGAGACAAUGAGAAUGGCGUCUUUGUAUGCUGUGUCAAAAAAACGGCGAGGCAAGGCUACCAAAAAUUGGACGAUAUCAUGAACCUCUUGACCGCCGAUGGAAAAUGCCCACCUGACUCCGAGCAACGUUCUUCAUUCCACGAGACCGAGGGCGCUGCGCCAACCACAACGCCUCAAAUACAUCCCUCGGCUCAUUCAUCAGAGAAUGUAGAAUCAGUAGCCUCACCGCGUGGAUCAAUCUCUAUAUUCCCCGGGUUUGAGAUGUCACGUUCUGAAGCCGACCGAAGUCUUGAAGAAUAUAUGACCACCAUGCUUCCCGAAUUCCCUUUCGUUCCCCUGCCCUCCUCGAAUCUUUCCCAGGCGCUGGAAGAGAAGCCGCUGCUCACCAAGACGAUUUUAUGUGUUUUUGGUUUGAUCGAAGAUCUGAAGCUGACUAGACCACAAAAGGCGAUGGAUCUAUCGUUCAAGUCAAUCGUUGAGGACGCAGCUCAUUUGCGUGAUGAUCUCCCAGUCCAGUCGAAACAAACUCGCGCCGAUCGGAGAACCUUACUUGGGGUCUACUAUAUUAGCUCCACCCUUCUCGGCAAACGAAGCAGGCCAGAGUACACAGCACACUUUGAUGACUGCUGCAGUCAACUGUUACACGAUCAGGAAUACCCGACGGAUGCAUUACUCGUGCAGCUGGUGCGCAUACGGAAAAUCGCGAUGAAGGUGAACGAUGCGUUCUGGGAGACGACCGGUGCCAACAACGACAGGCCGCUCGGCGGUAUUUAUUCUAUCGCUGUUGCCUCUAUUCAAAAUGAGCUUGAUGCAUUUGUCAACCAGCUGCCCGCCAACUUGGUGUGGAACCAUCUGUUGCAAACCCACUGUGCCACCGUCCGUAUUCGCUUGUUCGAACCCUUCAGAUACGGCGAUCAGAACGAGAUCAUUGAGUCUACGCAUCUCAGAUGCCGCAGGAUAUGGGACUGUCUGCAGAGCACACAUGCACUCCAUGAGGAGUUCCGCCUGGUGCCAGUCGAAUCAUAUCCCGCCCUGACUUUUGUAACCAUUCUGCACCUCGCGCUCGCCAUCAUCAAAGCCUUACGCCUCCUGUGUGUUGAGGAUCAGGCCUGGGAUCUGACCACCGCACGCGCUACGUAUGAUCUUCCGGGUAUGCUUCGGGAGCUGAUCAAGAAGUUUGAGGCCGCGAGCAGAGGUGGCAGUCCCAGAAGCAGAAUUCUGCUUCAAGGCCGGCCCAUUUUCUCCGCCUACGCCGAAGCAUAUCGAGGUAUCGAACGUGGGUAUUCGACCAAGCUGAAUGGUGGCGUGGUGCCUUCGGGCCCGACUUCAGUGCCCCCAGUUAAUGCAUACGACGGGGAACAGUCCGACUUGGACUUCUGGGCUCAGUUGUCUGAGUUGACAAAUGGGCUUGUGCCUUGA